AUGUUUAUCGUAUACGAUAAGUCGAAUCCUAUUACCGCUCGCAAGGGUAGACUUAUAUAUUUACAGAAUGUUCUCCAUCAUCUAGAUUCACCACAUUCUCCUUUUAUGAAAGAAUACGCAGCCCAAGACAUUGUUAGCUUUCAAGUGCUUCAGCGUGAUUUGCUUACCAAUGAAACCGUCAUUAUUUCCAGCGAUGGCCAAAAGGUCACAUUGAAGACAGGCGGUCCUUACACCGUGGAAGAUAAGCAUGACAUUUAUGUAGGCGAUAUUUGGGUCAUGGCCGGCCAAAGCAAUAUGCGGGGCCAUGGCUUUCUCAAAGAAGCGUUUGGCAAAAAAGAUGAAUCCGAAAAGAUGCCUGAUCAUGUGCAUUUGUUUGACUCUACAGAGACAUGGCGUGUUGCUAGUGAUCCUACCCACCGCCUCUCCCUGUCGAAACGUAGUGUGCAUCAUACUUUGCCCGAUCCCACAGUGCGUAACCCAGAUAUCUGCAAGUAUCGCGGUGCAUCUUUGGGGCCCUCUUUUGGUUUACACUAUGGUAUUCCGGUGGGCUUAAUUGCCAGUGCUCAUGGUGGUGUGACAUUAAACGAUUGGAAGCGGCCUUCCGAGCUAAAUACAGAGACACGCAAUGCUACGCUUUAUGGUGCCAUGAUGGACCGUAUCCAAAAAGUGGGUGCUAUUGCUGGUGUCUUAUGGUAUCAGGGUGAAUCUGAUACGGAAGACAUAAACAAUGCAGAAUCUUAUGGGGAUCGAUUCCGACAAUGGUUAUGUAUGCUCCGUGCUGAUACACGACCCGAUUUACCCGUGGUUGUUGUUCAAUUAGGUUCACAUAGAGUCGAUAUUGUCGACACAGUCAAGAACUGGAAGACAGUCCAAGAUCAACAAAGGCAGUUGCAGGAUAAUUAUACAGCAUGUAUCGGUAGUAUUGAUUGUGGAUUAGAUGACCGCGUUCAUUUGUCAAAGGACGGAUUAUAUAUACUAGGAAAACGACUAGCUAGAGCAGCCAAUUUAGUUCUCAAGGGGAAAACAGACGAUGUGACACCUUCACCUAAAUUAGCUACAUAUGAAGAGAUAGUUUACGUUCCAAAGUUCGCAUCCAUCCAUUCGAUUAAACUCGAGUUUAAUUUACCAGAACACUUCAGAUUUGAAUGCAAUGGAGAUGUAACUGGAUUUGAAAUAGAAAGUAAAGCGGUUAUAUUAAGGUCACGUAUAGAAGAUGAUAAGAAAUCGAUUCGACUUUAUUUAUCAGGCGAACCUGAAUCAUGGGCAAGAUUGUAUUUUGCCAGUCUUUCGAGGUUUAGUGGUAGAUAA